AUAUUGCACGCAUAUCUGUAUAUGAUCCUGAACAGUAUGACCUUAAAUCAUGUAUUGAUCAAAUCGAGAAUACCAUACAAUACAUACUGUUAACUUAUUAUUAUACGCUUGUAGUUUUAUCUCGAUUUCACCAAUAUACCUUGCUUGUGUUUUGCCUGAUUCUUUCAUAUUAUGGAGCUAACGCUGAUCUUCCUGUUGGUGGGUGUCUGGAUGGGAAACGUCUCAGGUGAUACAGGUUACUUUUGGCACGUGGCCGACCAUCACUACGAUCCCUCGUAUUCAAGUAAACAAGAAUCCUGUUUUCAAAAACAAGACCCGGAUGUCCUCGGUUACUAUGGCGACUACCUAUGUGACCCACCAUGGGUUUUGGUGAAUAAUUCCAUAUACGCUAUGCAGAAAACUAAACCAGAUCCCGAUUUCAUCAUCUGGACGGGGGACAGCACACCACAUACCCCACAUCAUACUUUAGAAGACUUAAAGGAGAUAGUCGCAAAUAUAACAAAUCUGAUUGAAGAUGCCUUCCCUGGAGUGCCCAAGUUUGUUACACUCGGUAACCAUGAUUUUGUGCCUGUCCACCUCUCGCCCCCUCAUAAUGACAGCUUUUAUAACUGGGUUGCUGAACUAUGGGCACCUUGGCUUGCACGUGCUGAAAAUAUCAGUACUUUUCAUAAGGGUGCUUACUACACGGGGACGGUCACUCCUGGCAUUAGAGCUGUCGUGCUGAAUACCAAUCUUUAUAACAGCAAGAACAAUCUCGUCGAUGGGACAAUGCCUGAUCCAGCAGAUCAACUGGCUUGGUUCGAUAACAUAAUGACAAAAGCAGCCCUGGACAAUGAAGUGGUUCAUGUUGUUGGCCAUGUUCCGCCGGGUUGUAUCGAAGAUGGAACAGCAAAAUGGUUUUACCCAGAAUUCAACAAAAAACUGAAUGACGCUAUAAUGAAACACCAUGCGAUUAUUGUUGGAGCGUACUUUGGUCACCAACACUACGAUAGUUUUAAAGUUUAUAUGGAUGAGAAUGGUGAACCAUUGAGCUCAUUUUUUCUGACCCCCUCAGUAACUCCAUGGACCUACUUCUCCGCUACGGUGAACGGUAGUGCUCACAACCCAGCUGUGCGGCUUUUCCAGUACAACAAAGAGAAUGGCAAACUCAACGACUUCUUCCAAUACUACCUCAAUCUACCCGAAGCAAACAAAAUGCGCAGACUAGGAUUGGGUGAACCCCAAUGGGAGCUAGAAUACAAGGCUACUGAAUACUUCAAUAUCCCUGACGUCACUGCUACGUCAUUAGGCGCACUUUCUAAUAAACUGAAGAUCGAGGAUGAUGUAUUUAAUAAAUACCUAACGGCGUAUUAUGUUAAUGCUUCUGCUAUUGAUAACUGCGAUUCUGCCUGUAGGUCAAGUCAUGUUUGUGCAAUACAAAAUCCUGACUUUGAUAUGUACGAACAAUGCUAUAAAAAGGCCGUCACCAGCGACGCAUGCGCAGUAGCUUCAGUUUGGAAAAUAUCGUUGUUAGGUAUAUUAAUAUUGUGUUCGUUGAUUUAA